UCUUGACGAGAUCACCGGAAACAAGGUCCAUCCACCGGUGACGCAAAUAAAUAUGCGGCCGAUAUGUACUCCCUCCUCCGCACGUCUCCCUCCCGAACCCCAAAGCAACCAGUCCUCACCCCAACCAGGCCGGCGAGGGCGAGCCGUCGUCGGAGCCGGAGAGCGGAUCGGCCGGGGCGAUGGGGAACGCGUCGUCGAUGCUGACGCAGUACGACAUCGAGGAGGUGCAGGAGCACUGCAGCUACCUAUUCUCGCAGCAGGAGAUCGUGUCGCUGUACGAGCGAUUCUGCCAGCUCGACCGCAGCGCCAAGGGGUUCGUCUCCGAGGACGAGUUCCUCUCCAUCCCCGAGUUCUCCACCAACCCGCUCUCCCAGAGGUUGCUACGCAUGGUUGAUGGAUUGAACUUCAAGGAAUUUGUUUCUUUUCUCUCUACCUUCAGCGCAAGGGCCAGCCUUCAGCAAAAGAUUGAGUUGAUAUUUAAGGUGUAUGACGUUGAUGGCAAGGGGAAAGUAUCCUUCAAGGACCUGGUAGAGGUUUUACGGGAUCUAACUGGCUCAUCCAUGUCAGAGAAACAAAGAGAGCAAGUACUAACAAAGGUGUUGGAAGAAGCCGGGUACACACAGGAUUCCACCCUAGCAAUAGAAGAUUUUGUGACGAUCAUCGACCACCCCGGCCUGAAGAUGGAGGUGGAAGUGCCCAUCGACUAAGUGAACGGCGAAUGUGGAUUUCAGCAGAGAUGAGGAUGCAAGGAGCCCUCUCUGUCUUCUGGAAACAAACAAGUGUCCAUAGCCAAUAGAUUGUGUGACAGAAUAGAAUGGGAGCUCACUGUUUUGAGCUCUUCUGUACCUGUCCGCAUACAUGCCUGAAUCUUACGUUUAGAGUCAUAUAUUUUUUUCUGUUUUGAGGGGAUUGAUUAAUGCAGUGUCAAUGUAGAGUGAUUCUUGUUACAGUUUCCAGACCAUGAAAACGUUCCAAACUUAAAA